GUAAUAUGCAUAACUCUAAGCAGCGUAUAAGUAGCCAACGCCUCUCUCAGCGCUGCGAAAAUGCGUCUUGCAAGUCUAUUCGGCCCGUCGCUGCAACAACGACGGCCACCCAUUUGCCCCGCAGCACAGGCGCUGGCCCCUAUACCUCACCAGCCAGCACAUCGUGCAAAACAAGGAUGGUUUAAGGGCACGCACGGCCAAACCUUGCACCUUUUCACCACAUCCACCGUCACAUGUGGCCCAAUCUGCGCCAUCCCUAAGGGAGACGCGGAAAUUAGCCCCACAAACCACGUUACCAGUGAACCAAGAACAUCAAAUACAGCACCCAGUUUACUUACUCCCAGCACAACAACGACAAACAGUCCUCCGCUCCCCACACCAGCCCAGAUACCACUCCUUAAUCCUGUCGUAUUCCUGACAGAAGUGGCUUCGGGGAAACUCCUAGACAACGCUAGCAAGGGUGUCCCAAAAGUGCCUUGGGGCCCUAUGCAGCUGGUGCAGGUGAUGGGCUGGACUACGGCCCUCGCGCUCGUGGCUGCAACAGCCGCCCCACACAUACCCAGGGAUCUUGCUGCCGUACUCAUGUCCGACGAUGUACGGACAACCGCCGUACGGCAUCUGGGCCUGGAGCUGCUGUGUUGCUGUGCUUCUGUGGCGGUGCUGGGGCUGGGGCUUCGAGGGAGUCAGCCCAGGUCCGCGGGCAUGUUCCGUUUCGACCUGCCGCCCGCCGUGGCGGUGACGGUGGUGGCGCUGGCGGCGGUGGCAUACCCGCUGGCGGAUCCACUGCUGUACGACAUGUGGUCAGCCGUGGAACAGGCGCUUCCCCUGCAGUCUCUGCUGUCCCCCCAUCAGCUGCUGUCCGACCCCGGAUCCACCCUGGCAUCGCAGCUGCGGGACUGCCAGGCGGCUGGGGAAGGGGUGGGGCUGGUGCUGCAUGGCGCUGCCAGCUGCCUGGCGGGCCCGCUGUGGGAGGAGGUCUUCUGGCGUGGCUUCUUCCUCGCCUCCAUGACUCGCGUGCUGCCCCUGCCCGCCUGCGUCGCCCUCAGCUCCACCGCCUUCGCCGCCCUGCACCCGGGUCCCGGCAACUGGCUGCCCAUUGCCGUACUGUCCGGCUGCUGCGACGUGCUGUACCUGCGGUGCGGCAGUCUGGCGGCGCCGCUGCUGCUGCAUGCGGGCUGGAACGCCUAC